AUGAUGAAAGCGAACAACGACACUUUGAUCAGCGUCACAGAUCUAGAUGAAUAUGGUUUUCCCAAACACAUGUUCAAAUUUAAAGAUUUUGGAUCGUUGAAAGCUCCUGGAGGAGUGGAUUGCAAUCAGCUAAUUGAUUUGAUUGGCCGUGUAGUUUCCAUUACUGAGCCAAAAACUAUCCAAGUUAAUUCAAAACCCCAAAGGUUGAUUGAUUUUGUCAUUGAAGAUUCUCGGGGGAGUCGGCUCACGAUUACUCUGUGGGAGGAGCACGUGGAUUCUGUCUUACCUUACUAUAAUGCUGAUUUGACAGAUCCACUGAUUGUUAUACUACAACUGUGUAGAGCCAGGUUGAAUGAUGACGGUGAGGUUAGAAUAUCCAGUUCCUACACUGCAACAAAGAUUCUGUUCAACCAUGAGUGCCCUGAGUUGCUCAAUUUCAAGGAGAGUAUGCCUAGGUUCUUUACUCCAAUAGGAAGUAUAAGCUCAAGUUCAAGAAUGAUUGGAUCUGGAUCGUUGGAAGCUUUGUCGAGUGAAAAUGUCACAAUUACUUCUUUGAAGGAUAUUUAUGAUGACAAGAAGGUCGGUGAAUUUUGGGUACUUGGAGAAAUUCUAGGCAUAGAAAGCGAAUGGUACUUCAAGGACUGUAAGAGUAAGGGGUGUGGGAAGAAGCUUCAAGACUACACAUACAGAAUGUAUUGUAAAGCUUGCGAUAAACACUGGCCAGACGGAAUAAUUAAGUACAAAGUGGUGAUUGAUGUCCUAGAUGAUGACAAUGAUGGCCAUCUUCAAAUAUAUCAAUACUCGGUUGGUGAAUGGUGCAAACGAUUGUUCUUCCUGUUAACCACGUUCUUGUGA